GACACGACUGCGACUUGCAUCACAAGCAGCUUACAAAUCAAUGAACAAGUCUCUGUGUUAUUGACCAUGACAUUCGAUGGAGUUGAAAAAACAUUUGAAGACUUCACAUUUACCUACUACCCAAACCCAAUUAUCGAUGGCAUUGACAGAACUGUGUCUAUUAUGUCAGGAGGUCUUGAUAUCAAACUAACAGGACAAAGAUUUGAUCUCAUCCAGGAACCUCGGAUAAUAGUUUCGUCACUUACAACAGAUGCCAGUAACUCUGAGCUCUGCAAUGGAACGGAAACUCUUCUCAUCUGUCCAACCCCAAACUUUCCUGAUCAUGUUAUCUCUACCAGGAGGAGGCGAGCUUCAAAUGGCGUUAUGACAGCAAAUCUGACUUUUGAUUUUGAUGGUUACAUCGUCGAUGGCGGCUUUAUAGAUUACUAUCCAGACCCUGUGUAUGAAAGUUUCAGUGGGCCAAACAGGAUCUAUGCGAGCAGUAAUGGACGACUCGAUAUUACAGGCAUUGGCUUAGAUCUGGCUAGCAUGGAAGAUGAUGUUCAAGUUCUGCUAGGGCCGAAUGGUGUAUGUCAUGUGGAUGUUCUUGAAAUUGAUGUGGUCCGUUGCCAGCUGCCAGAGAAACAACCUCUAGCAGGUUACGAGAAUGGAUCAUUGGGUCAGGGACCAGCAAAGAAUUUACCAGCCGUGACAGUGUUGCACGGGAAUGUAAGGUUCUCUCCAGGCUUUGUUUCAGCAUGGGCUACGAAAGGAAACCCUUUGAUAGCCAUUGUAAUACCUGUGGUCAUUGUCGUCCCCAUUUGGAUUAUCAUUCCGAUGAUUAUUCUAGUUUGGUGGUUCAGAAAGAAACAACUGGAAGUGAAACGAGCUAAGGAAGAGGUGAAAAUGAUCCGAAUGAACAUCUUGAAAAGGGUCCGAGAAGUCUCAAAUACCAGCUUGGAUUUAUCUGAGGCUGAUGACAGAGUCCAGAAGCAAGGAGUUCCAUUUGUCGGGCAUGUCCAAUAUGUGACGAUGAUGUUGUUUGCUGGGCUUGGUACUCAUCCAGAAACAACAGAACCAGAGUACAUGGAAGACUUUAUGGAGCAUUCGUUGGUAUCGUUCUAUCGUAUGCUGAAGGAGAAGGCCGGAAUGAUAGAAUUCAUCAGGCAACUCGAAAAUAAGAAAACGGGACUGGGUCGAGAAAGGGAGCUCAUUGCAUCUCUAUUGGCAAUCACAUUCGUCAGCGAGGGAAAGUCGAUCCACUUUACAAGUGUAUUGACAUCACUUGUUGAAGAUGAAAUCGUAACAGCAUCUGAGUCUAGAAGGCGGAUGGAUACACUAUUUACCAACACUGAAUCAAUCGCAGUGAAAUUGAUUAGCAACUGGUUUGCCCUGUUUAUGUUCGAGUACUUGAAGGUGUAUGGCGUCUACCCAUUGUACAUGCUGUACCAGGCAGUAAAGGCCCAGGCCGAGAAAGGUCCUAUAGAUGUCGUGACUGGAGAUGCAUACUACACACUGGAGUUUAGCAAACUCCUUGAUCAGGAAAUUGACUUUCAUUCUCUCGGCAUUGAUGUUGUUGAUGAAGACGGACAUGUUUAUCUUCAUAUGACUGUGUUGGAUGUUGAUACUGUGAAACAAGCCAAACAGAAGAUUCUAGACUCACUCUGGAAGAAGAGUUACUGCUUGCUGCCGAGGGACAUAGAUGCAGUUGAUCUAGUGUGGAUUCAGACUUCUGGAAGGACCACUUUGCUACAAGAUAUAGACAAAUCCUCUGAGACACAGGGGAAAACCAUGAUCAAUACAAUGAAGAGCUUUGGGAUUAGAAACGGAUCCCUCGUUGCACUAAUACCGAAGAACCAUGGUGAUGAAUAUCAAACCCUCGAUCUGAAAGAAGUAUCUUCAAAGACAUACGAAUCCUUGCAGCAUGUGACCGUGGAGAUGAUUCCUGAAUCACAGCUCUCACAACCAGCUUCGAAUGCUAUCCAUCUGAAGGGUGGUGUAGAAGAGCUAACAAGGAAAAAAAGUAACCUGCCUGAUCAUAUGAAUCAAAUGAAAGCAAACCUCGAUCGAAAUCUAGCGAUCCCCCAUAUGCUAACUAUGAAGGCAUCUAUCAGUCCAUAUGUGGAUGGUAUCUUUGAAGUGAUAUUCAAGAAACCAGCUAAGAUCCCUCUACCUGUCAAGUAUCUCUUUGACACAUUUGAUGCCCUGGCUAUAAAGUAUGCAGGUGGAGGAUUGCCCGAGGAUUGUGCGGAUAAAUGGAAGAAAAAUUGCCUGUCUAACUUCUGGAGUUCAGUGCUCACCAACCUACCGUCGAUGUUUGAGAUGCCGAGAUCAGAAACAGCAGAUAGAUUUGUCAUCGCCCUCGCUGGUGCUCUUAAUGACGCAGCAACGACCAAAACCUUGAGACAGGCUGAAUCGGAUCAUCUGCCCUACUACAAUGAACAUCCACUCCAGAGAAAGAUGAUGACUGAUUACUGCACCCAGGUAACAAGUCAACCCAAGGUCCGACCAGGAAAGCUGAACAAGGCCUGCUCCUCUAUCUCUAAGGAGUUCAAAGGUCAAUUCAGUCAUCUUUCGAAUUUGUUGCACCUUUACAAUCUCACCAAGAAUGACAUGGAUGGCCUGGUGGAAUAGAUCUACAUCGUGACGUCAUAACGCAUUCAAUGACAUGGGGGUAAUAAGUACCCUCUUACUUCCCACCGUAAAUAAUUCACCCCGAUAACUUUAGCCUUCCAUGUUCUAUUUUAAUGGAUUAGAUCAACAGAGCAUUUGUUAUUUUAUUAAUGUGUAACCACACUUUGGUACGCAAUAAGUUUACAACUUAACAUGAUUCCUUAAUAUUUUGAAU